GCACAUGACUGAAAGUCAGGGUAGCUAAAGCCGACAUUCACUUAGCAGCAGACCAGAAACAUUUCAGCGUGGCGGAGGAGAUCACAAAAAUCUCAGAGGCUCUUUUUGACUCAGAUAUUCACUCUCCCCGAUGACUUGAGGCAGUCACUUGUCUUCCUCGCUCUGCGGUCGGUCUGUGAGCCUCCCUGCCGCCGCGGGUGUCUGUGAUUUUUGAGCAGAUCCUCAAAAGCAGCUGUACGCCACCUUGCCUUCUUCACCAGGAUGCAACUCACCACGGAGGAGAUAAUAGAGCUCGGACACAAGGACCAUGGAUCAGUCAAUCCUGCGUUUGUGGGCAAAGACAGUGAUGAACAGCCGAAGCUGACGGUGGACAUUGAGGAGCCACACACAGAGGCCCUGGAGGAGGCUGCGGACAAAGGUGGAGAUUUGGUUUACUCCUUAAACGACCGGCCGCCGUGGUACCUCUGCAUUCUCCUUGGAUUCCAGCAUUACAUCCUCGCUUUCGGCGGCAUCAUCGCAAUCCCGCUCAUCCUUGCCGAGCCCCUCUGCAUUCGGGACAACAACGCUGCCAAAAGCCAGCUCAUCUCCACCAUAUUCUUUGUGUCGGGAUUAUGUACGCUGCUGCAGACGACUGUCGGCACCAGGUUACCGAUCCUCCAAGGUGGGACCUUCAGUUUCAUCACUCCAACGCUGGCCAUUCUCGCCCUGCCGAAGUGGCAGUGUCCUGCCCCGAAUGCGCCUGUGAUGCUGUCAGCGCACUUGCUCAACGGCACCAGGCCGCACCUGAUGGAGGAUCCUGACGAGGUCUGGAUGUCACGGAUGCGUGAGAUCCAGGGAGCCAUACUGGUGGCAUCUCUGCUCCAGAUCGUCUUGGGCUUUUCCGGGCUGGUGGGCCUGGUGCUCAAAUACAUCGGCCCCCUGGCUAUCGCCCCCACCAUCAACCUGAUUGGCCUGUCGCUGUUCAUUGAGGCUGGAAAAAAGUCUGGAGGCCACUGGGGAAUAGCUGCCCUCACCGUCUGCCUGAUCCUCCUCUUCUCCCAGUAUCUCAGCAAGGUCGAUGUCCCAAUGAUUGCCUACAAGGAUAAGAAGUGGAAGGUUUUCCAGUACCCGCUCUUCAAGCUCUUCUCUGCUUUAUUUGGAAUGUGUGGUGCCUGGCUGAUCUGCUUCUUGCUGACCAUCUUUGACGUACUGCCGUCAAAGUCUACUGAGUAUGGCUUCUCAGCCAGGACCGACAUCAGCCUGGAUGCCGUGGCCAACUCUCCGUGGUUCCAUGUGCCUUACCCAGGUCAAUGGGGUAUGCCCACGGUAAGCGUGUCUUCAGUUUUGGGUAUGAUGGCAGGUGUCUUGGCAUCUACCAUGGAAUCAAUCGGUGACUACUACGCUUGUGCCCGCUUGUCCGGUGCCCCUCCACCACCCACUCAUGCCAUCAACCGAGGUAUUGCUGUAGAGGGCAUCGGCUGCAUCAUGGCUGCACUGUGGGGAACUGGAAAUGGCACCACCUCCUAUAGCCAGAACAUCGCCGCACUCGGCAUUACCAAGGUUGGCAGCAGACUGGUUCUACAGACGACUGGCAUACUCAUGAUCAUCCUGGGAAUCUUUGGAAAGUUUGGAGCUGUUUUUAUCACCAUCCCAGACCCGGUCAUUGGAGGAAUGUUUCUCGUUAUGUUUGGAAUGAUUGCAGCGGUGGGGAUAUCCAACCUUCAGUAUGUGGACCUGAAUUCAUCCCGUAACCUCCUCAUCCUCGGCUUCUCUACCUUCAGUGGACUUGUCUUACCUACCUGGUUUCACUCCAAUCCUGGCAUCAUUGACACAGGAAUAAAAGAACUGGACCAAGUGAUCGUCGUUCUCUUCACUACACAUAUGUUCAUCGGAGGAUUCUUUGGGUUCAUCCUGGAUAACACCAUUCCAGGAACUGACAAAGAGCGGGGCAUCAAGAGUUGGCAGGACGAGGUGCAAAAGGAAUGCAAAAACAUGUGUGACCAAUCUUGCUAUGAUAUUCCUUUCUGCAACGGUAUCUUGAAACGGUAUAAAUGUUUUCAGUAUUUGCCCUUCCUCCCUUCAUUCAAGACCACCCAACAGGGGUCAUCCAAGUAAUGAAGCGCGGGGUUUGGCACUGAAGCUGGCCUAUUGGCCCUAUUAAGCCAAACGGUAGUUACCUGCGGAUUGCAAAACAGGAAAUAACAUAACAGGAAAUCAAGUGAAACUGGGACAUUGCAUUAAAAACAGGCUUAUAACCUUACUUAAACAUUGUAGGUGCAUAGGUUGUGUGAUUGGUUUACUUUAUUUGUGGAGAUAUAAAACAUCAGUGGACAGUGACAGUGUGAAGCACUUAGCCACUGUGACACUUGUCUGCUCCAGUUUCCUCCCACUUCUCAAACACAUGUAGGUUCAAACAAAGUGUAAAUCCCAAAUCUUUGUUCAAACCAUUGAAACAAAACCGCUGGUUGCUGUUUGCCUUUAUAGAGGACAUCUUUAUGCAGCCUGGCAUUCAGGCGGAACUUAUAAUAAUAAUAAUAAUAUAUUGGAUUUAUAAAGCACUUUUCAUGUACCCAAAGCGCUUAUACCUGAACCUUUUUACUCCAUUUGAGUUUGAGGGGAAUAAAAAAUAAUACACAUCUAUUUAGGUUCUGUUAAAUAAAUACUACACAAUCUAAACAUUACAUGAUCUUUGACCUUAUAUGAAUUUUAGAGCAAAGUUGAGUUGCUGUGUCUCCAUGCAGUUAGAAUGCAACAAAAUGAAUGCCCCCCCACAUUUCUAUCUAUAGUCAAAUAUCUGUAGGGCCUGAACAAGCAAAGAGCAGCAUGAUACAGUGAGGAAGGAUAGUCAGAGAUAAGAUAUUAAUAAGAUGCUUCCUUGAUUUGUAAAAGACAGUGAAGAUGAAAAUGAUACAUGAAUAUAUAAACAGGGUGUGAUUUGAGGGGAGAUGACUCAAUUAUGUGUCACAGGGUGGCUUUGAACCCCUGACCUCCGCAUGGGAGACGGGCUCUCUACCAAGUUGCGAGCGCUGGCAUUAGCCGUUAGCAUGUCUCCUAACGUGUCCGCGCGUGAGGUCUACACGCGCUGCACUGCACGCAACGCAACUAGACUGGCUGAGCCACCGUUACACGUGCACAACAGAACGAAACGUGCAAGAAUUAAAUCCCCCUUCCAAAUAUUCGUGCUUGUUGACAUUCUGAAAAGCCGUGCAGUGAUCAAGGCCAAUCAGGUAAAUCAUCUAGUGUCUCACGAACGCGAGCACUGACAGUGGGUCGUCCAUUUUGGAUUUUAUCGUUCUAUAGACAUUGUUCACGUUACAGCGCUUUACUUAGUUUAAAAAUGUGUAUUUUAGGUAUUUUAUAUGGUCUAUUGAUGAAGUAGCAGUUAUCACUUUGGGGGGGAAAUAAUUCAGCAGUGGUGGGGUUAUGUAGACCAGAAGGGGGGAUAUCCCCUGGAUCCCCCCCGGCAAAUCGCACCCUGUAUAUAUAUAUAUAUACAUAUAUAUAUAUAUAUAUAUAUAUAUACAUAUGAUACAGAGAGAUAGAAACCUGCUCUCAAGCCACUGUUCAGGUGUUAGGAAUGUUUUUUAUGAUCAUUUCUACCUCAUCAACAACAGUGAUUUACAGACUUUGAUUAUUGAUGGUAUCCUUUUUCAACUUUAAAAUGGAGCUGUUUUCAGCUUUUGACAUUACUGCUUUAUACAUUACAUUUUUGUCUUUUUCACUGUAUAGAAAGUACAUUUGGAAUUUUUAAAUAUGAUUCUUUUACAUUCAAGAAUGUGUGAUUUUACUUUUUCUCUUUUUUUACUAUAAUUUCAAUUAUGAGAUUCACUCCUAAACUGUGACAAUAAAGGGUUGUUGUUGUUAAAUCUAUUCUGAAUUUAAUAAAGACUUUUAUCAUCACUCUCAA